AUGCCUAGUAGUGAUGCGGAUGUUAACGUAAUAUUGGAUCUAUUAGAUAAUAUACAACCGAGCAAAUCUACAAAGAAUGCCAUUAUAUCCUCUCCCUCCAUACAUUCGAAGUCUCGUACUUUAUUAGAAUCUCCAAAACUAACAAAUAUUAAUGAUUUUGUGGAAUUAAAUCGGCUAGAUCCCAAUAAUUAUAACAAUGCUGAAAGAAAUAAUAACACAUCACCACGUAUAAAUAUAAGUCAAGGUGAACAAUCAUCGAAUACAAUCAUUCCUAUGAAUACACCUCUAUCAUCUAUAGAUAGUUCGCAAGGAAAUACUGAGCAAAACGAUAUAAAUAAUAAGAAUUUGAACUAUCGGAAGAUUGACAAUAAAGAUAGUGAUACUGAUACUGAUGUUGAUGAGACAUAUGCAGUAACAUGUGACAUCUUAAAAGGAACAUUACAAGGUUAUUCAUUUAAAGAUUAUGCAGAUUUCUUAGGUUCAAAGGAAAACCAUGAAAUCUUGCAAACUUUUAUCCAUUUAUUACGACCGUUACCAUUAUCAUUAUUGUCUGUAUUACAAAAAAUAUCAUCCAAUCUUUAUUUCAUUGCAGAAGCUCAAAAUAUUGAUAGAAUAUUAGAAGAAACAAGUAAACAAUGGGUACAAUGCCAUCCUGAUACUAUUUGGAAAUCGAAUUAUAAAUUGUGUCAUAUUGUCUUAUUUUCUUUGUUAAUAUUGAAUUCCGAUUUGCAUAAUAAUAUAACUGCUACGUCUAAUAACAAUAAAAGCAAAACCAAUAUUAGUGGUAGCAAGCACCAGCAAAAAUUUACGUCAAGUGCAUUCAUUUCAAAUACUAUAUAUGCAUUGGAAAGGGAACCAGAGUCUCAUAAUAUUGAUAUGAAUCAAAUUAGACCACAUUUACAACAUGAAUUAUUAUCAUAUUAUGAAGCAUUGAAAUAUACACCGCUGCCACUGUUUUCUAAACAUUCCUCAAAGCAUGCCAGACCAUCAUCAAUAAGAACAUCGUCGAAACUUUCUUUCAAUUUUGAUAAUAAUAAUAAUAAUAAUGAUAGACAAUAUCAAAUGGAUAGAUCUAAUUCUAGAACUCAAUCAAUAUAUUCGACCAACGACUCUAUACUUACAUCGUCAACAACAACAACAACAACUACUACUACUACUACUACUACGAAAGCAAGACGAGAAUUUGAAAACACUACAUCAAAUUGGAAAUUUCAUCACAAUAUACCAUUACCUCAAUUAUAUACAAAGGAACCAAUCGAUGAUCUUUUACUUCGAAAUAAAUCUACAAAGAAACUUUGGAACAUCGAUAGUAUUCUUAGUAUAAUCGAUAAAAAUAAGAUGAUGGAUGUAGCCACGUACGAUGAUAAUAUUACAAGUAGUGGUAAUCCAGUGGAUCCUUCGUCGUCUUCAAGCAAUAACAAAAGAGGAUCCAUUAACAGCAACAACAACAAUAAUAAUAAAUCGAUAUUCAAAUGGUUGAAAAUAACUAAUAAGAGAAAUUCAUUAUUUGAUGAGAAAAAAUCUCAACUAUCAAUGUUAGAAGCCAAUUCCAAGUGGGUGAAAGCAAGGAUAAGAAUCUUCGAAGGUAGGAUAUUCAUAUUUAAGUUGAAGAAAAACAUUGUGCUACAUUCGGAAAAUAAUUUGACCAAUAAUUUCGAUCAUUUUAAAAAGAUUUGCUCUGAUUAUUUCGUUUAUAACCUCUAUGAAUGUAUAUCUGAAGUAUUUCAAGAUAAUGUCAUCAUAGGAUCUCACACAACGGGCAAUCAUACGAGCACGAGAAAGAAAACAAACCCUGUUGGGAAUUUUACAAUAUCGUUUCCGAAUGGAAUUAAUGGCGGUGCAAACGUUCUUGAAUUCAAGACAAAUUCAAUAAAGGACGCACAUGAUUAUGUUUCAUGCAUUAAUUUUUGGGCAGCAAGAUUAACUCCAAUACCAAUGACGCAAUUUGAAAUAGUAUCUAAUCAAGAAUAUGGUUGGAGUGACAGAUUAUUGAAUGCAUAUAAAGAUAAUUUGACUAACGAUGAAGCUAAUAAGAUACGUUUAUGUGUUUGGAAACCGUUAUUAUCUCUAGAAUUGUUAUAUGACGACAUGGAUAGUUUAUUGAAUGGACAAACUAAUUUUGAAUUACAACUAUUGCAAUUAAAACAAUUCACCCAGCAAUUAGAUGAAUGGAUUGAUAAGCAUAAUGAAAUCAAAAGUAAAAUAAUAGAGUUAUGGAGUGGUACACAGUUUUUUGAAAAAGUUAUGGAUAAUUGGAAUGCAAAAUAUUUGUACAUGUUUACGCAAUACAAGAAGAGAUCAUCAUAUCUUAGGGCUUUGGAAAAAGUACGAGAUACAAUAAAUACUGCAUUGGCUGAAUAA